AUGGCAGUUACAUCCAAAAGCUUACAUAGAACCCUCGUCGCUUCGACAAUUCUGGUAUUUCCCGCUAUAGUCUAUGCGGUAACCCUCUACUGCGCGGCGACAUCGACUUAUCGAUAUUCUCCGCUCGGUUUGGUGUCCCCAAAACACGGAAUCUUGAUCCUGAAUAUCCUAUCCAAAGCGGGAGACGUAGCUCUUGCAACAGCGGCAGACUCGGCCUGGAGCGCAAUCAAGUUCAUGGUCACCUUCCGCCGUUCACCGACCUCACUGUCUACAGUCUUUGCUCUCAGCUCUGGCAUAGGCUGGCUUGGCUUGACUGGAAUUAUGACACAACGAAGAGUGUUUAGAGCUCUUGAUCAAAGGACUUGGGCUUUCUUGAGGCUCUUUGUUAUCCUUCUUUUGCCUGGUCCUGGGAUCAUUAUCAUGAGCGAAAUUAAUGUCCAGUCACUCUACUUUCCUACCCAGUUCUCCCCUAUCAGUGGGGGUAUGGGCGUGUUUAACACAUCACUCAUCCGGGUUUUCCAGGAAGCUUCUGGACCGGUCAUCUCUGCACUUGUUCAAAACAUUCUACGCGAUCCUUCGAUAUCGUAUGUGACUCAGUCGGUCAGUUCCUCAUGCAAAGCGUCGGACGCAUCUUGUUCCUCAUACCUCUUACCAGGCGGUGUCCAGACCGUCUCGCCCUGGCCUGUAAAUUCGACAGCUCCAGAGCUGUCAGCUUACGUUGUUGAAGGUGGCCCUUCAUACCUCCUUGAAUUUGGUUCUCUUAGCGCCGAUGUGUCUUGGAACUCAGAUGCCUGCAAGAUCUAUGCCUCGACCUUUGCUUCUAAGACUAUACCUUUGCAAUUGUGUAUUCAAAAUGCCACAAGCUCUGAGAUGAAUGAACAGAUAUAUGCGGGAUGGCGAGUGUGUCCGACUAGCUUAGACGACUCAGGCAACUGCAAUCAGGCCGGUUCUUGGGAUGCAUCGCUGACGUGGAACACUUCGCUCACAAUAUAUCGUUGCAACGCCACGGUUGCAGCGUCUCGAACCAACCUAGCGCUCCUCCAAGUUAGAGACCUAGGGACGCCAGUCUUACAGAGCAUUACACCUAGGGAUCUUUUCCAAGUCUAUGACGCUAUCCUCACACCACUUGACAAUAUUUCCGACGGAGGCAACUGCUCCUCUCUCACACCACAAUCCCAACUCACUGAGUUCCUUUACAUAUAUCUUAAUCAAUCUGCCUACACGACAAAUCCCAUUAUCAGCACUCAGAGAGACUAUCUCCGGAACCUACUCGCUGUUCCACUAUACUACUGUAACUCCGUUAUGAUCUUAUCAAGUAACUCGCCGAAUGCCGUCCAACCAGGCUUGCUGCCUGAGAAUUAUUUGCGCGGCUCAUAUGCAAUUCCUGAAGAGCGCGCUGUGCCGGAAAGUUGGACGGUAUGGACCUAUGCUGGAUUGUACGGUGCCAUUUUGUUGCUCUUGCUGGCGGUACAUGUGGCAGCCUCCGGGUACGAGACGUCAAGAGAUAGUCACUUCCCUAUCGCAGACCUUCUUAUUCAAAUGAGCCCGGAAGAGAUGUCUUACAAUGUUGGAGAGGCUGGGAAACAAUCUUCGAAAGUUCAAUUUGACGAAUUGUUUGCUGGGGUCGCGCCAGGGGAUGAUCAAGCUAUUAUGAGAAGAGCUUCUGAGAUUCGAAUGCGUUUGGUGCAUCCCGGGACAACCUGA